CUCUACUUCCUACCUCUUCACCUUCUCUAUAAAUAUUAAGUCCAUUAUUUGUUCCAAGGAUCCCAUUACCAUCUUUCACAACUACUACAAAACUUAGCUACUUUCUUCCAUUUUUCAUUAUUACCAUUUAACAUACACUAUCUUGUAUCACAUCUCAUAUCUCAACACACUACAUAUUCUUAUUCCCUUCCUUCUUUUUUGUUCUUCAUUUUUCAGGUGAUUGGUUUUGUUGUCAUAUGGGGAUAUCCUUUUCAUGUCACAAUGAUGUUGAAGAUGAUUUAGAUUCCAUGGUUGUAAAAUCAAUCAACUUUGGCAAUGAUGAAAUCAAAACUCCAGUAAGAUCAGUUAGUUUCAAAAGUGAAGAUUUUGAACCUACCAUCCUUAAAUCUAUAGGUUCUGGAAAGAUGACAAUUGAAACAUCUGUUAGCUUCAAAAGAAUAAAUGUAGAUAACAACAUUUUAGUAUCAACAAACACACUUUCAUUUGACAACAAAGAGAAUAACAACAAUAUUUUGAUUAGCAAAAAUAGUAGAGAUUUGGAUGAUGAUCUGUCUCUUAACUCCGAAUGUCAAGUCGAAUCGAUUCAAUCCGCACUUUUGAAUCCAAACAGUCCUAAACACAUUGCUGCACUUAAAUUGCAGAAAGUUUAUAAGAGCUUUCGUACAAGAAGAAAGCUAGCAGAUUGUGCAAUUCUUGUUGAACAAAGCUGGUGGAAGCUCUUAGAUUUCGCUGAACUCAAGCGCAGCUCGAUAUCUUUCUUUGACAUUGAGAAACAUGAAACUGCGAUUUCGCGUUGGUCUCGAGCUAGAACUAGAGCUGCUAAGGUUGGAAAAGGUUUAUCCAAAGAUGAGAAAGCACAAAAACUUGCUCUGCAGCAUUGGCUCGAAGCGAUCGACCCACGCCAUCGCUAUGGACAUAAUCUACACUUUUAUUACGAUAAAUGGCUUCAAUGUCAGAGCAGAGAACCUUUCUUCUACUGGCUAGAUAUAGGAGAAGGAAGGGAAGUAAAUCUCGAGAAGUGCCCUCGAUCUAAACUUCAACUACAGUGUAUUAAAUAUCUCGGUCCGAUGGAAAGGUUGGCUUAUGAAGUUGUCGUGGAGGAUGGGAAGUUCUUCUACAAGCAAUCAGGAGAGCUCCUCCACACUGCUGCAGAAGACGCACAUGCGAAAUGGAUUUUCGUCCUUAGCACUUCGAAGUCAUUGUAUGUUGGCAAGAAGAGAAAAGGUUCCUUUCAGCAUUCUAGCUUCUUGGCUGGAGGAGCUACAUCUUCUGCUGGGAGAUUGGUGAUUGAAUAUGGUGUUUUGAAGGCUGUUUGGCCUCACAGUGGUCAUUACCGUCCGACAGAAGAAAACUUCAAGGAAUUUAUUUCAUUCCUUCAAGAGAACAAUGUGAACCUUUCAGAUGUCAAGAUGGAUCCUGUUGACGAGUCUGACGAAUUCAGUUCACUGAGAAGUUGUGGUCAUUUAAGAAGCCACUCGUCCGAAGAGGACUACGCUGAGAACAUGAAUGGCAUGGAGAUUGGAGGGACCAUUGUCCAAGACUCAGUUUUGAAGCAGGCCGGUUUGAUAGAAACCGAGAGUGAGUCUGCAUUGGUUACCCCCAGCACAAGGCAAUUCCAAAUACUUGGAAGAAAACUGACCAAUCUUCAAAUACCGAAAAGGGGUCGAGUGUUUGAAGGACUAGAAAACGAAAAAGAAGGCGCAGGGCAAACUUUUCCAAGUUUUGAAAUGGAACCCCUUAUCAGCGAUCAAGAAACAGAAGAGGCACUUGUAUCAGAGAAAAACUUCGACGAAGAAAAAGACAAUGACAAUGACAAUGACAAUGACGUAGAAAUCAUUCCAGAAGAGUCGAUACUCAAAAGAAUAAACUCACAUAAAGAAAUGAAAUCAUAUCAACUUGGGAAGCAGUUGUCUUUCAAAUGGACAACUGGAGCUGGACCACGAAUCGGCUGCGUAAGGGAUUACCCUUGCGAACUACAGUUUCGAGCAUUGGAACAAGUUAAUCUGUCUCCACGAAGCAGAUUGCGUUGUAAAUCGUCUUUUACUCUUAGGAGUAGCACUAGUUUGAACUCAAAUGUUUCAUGCCUUUCAAGUUUAAGUGGAGACACAGCAAAUGAUGAACCCCUACUUGUUGAAAAUAAAAGUAUGUCUCAAAUAGGUGAGCUUAGUUCAAGAUCAGAAUUGAUAAGAGGAACAUCAGUUAUACCAGUAAUUCAUAUGCCGUCAUGAUUCAUGAGGAUUUAUUCAUUCCUCCAUUAAUUUAUUCUUUUUGUGUUAAUAGGUAACAACUAUUAGUUUUUUGUUACUCUUUCCAUUAUUCAAUUGUUACAUAGGUAUUCUUUUUUCAUUCAUGUAUAAUCUAGGAUGAAUAUUGUAAAAUUAUUUUAGGUUCUAUAUGUACUCCCAAUCCAAAGGAAACAUUUCAUCUUCCAACAUGGGACAAGUGUAAUGAACUCAAAAGAUACUACAGAUUCCUUGAUUCAAAUAUACAUAACAUUGAUCCAUUGAA